AUGAAGGUCACCAUCAAGAAGUGGAAUACGGUCGCUACUUGGCGCUGGGAUAUACCUGAAGACGAUGUUUGUGGUAUCUGUCAGGUCCACUUUGACGGGACGUGUCCGACAUGUAAAUACCCAGGCGACGAUUGCAACCUGUUAUCGGGGAAGUGCGGUCAUAACUUUCACAUGCACUGCAUAUUGGAAUGGAUCAAGCAAGAUUCAUCAAGAGGGCAAUGCCCCAUGUGUCGUCAACGCUUUGAGUGGAAUGAACAACUGAAAGAACCAGUCACGCAGGCCGAGUAA